GCAAAAGUGUUUAAAAAAAUAUUUGGAAAUAAAAAUAGAAGUUAUUUUUAGUUAAGAGACAAAAAUGAGUAAAUAAUUUAUUAAAUUAAUUCAUGAACUUAUAUAAAGUACUGAAGGAUGUAGAAAGUUAGAAAUCUGAAACAAUAUUGUACCAAGAUUGAAGAGAAACAACAAAAUAUUGCAAAAAUGGCAAAAUUUGCUGAUUAUUUUGUUAUUUGUGGAUUAGACUUCAAUUCAGGCUUAGAACCAGAUAAAUAUUCAGAUAAUUUACAUAUUUCGCCUUUGGAACGGUCUUACAAGUGCAAAGUUUUAGCUCACUAUCCAGAAAAUAACAAGGUGAACCCUUUCGAUGAAAGUGCUGUUUGUAUGCUUGCUUUACCCAGCGGAUUAAGAUUCAGAACUCAGAAACAUUCUGUAACACAGUCGCCUAAUUUUCAUUCUUUCUUAAUAACUAGAGAGGAUGGAAAAAGGUGUUACGGCUUCAGUUUGAUAUUCUAUGAAGAAGUGAGAAAUAGGGAUAUUUGUACAGCUAUGCAGACAUUGCAGGCCAUGUACAUUACAGAACUCUCUAGUAACUUAAAGAAUCGACCUAUUCAGCAAAUACAAUCUCAAGGACCUCAGUCACGCUCUUUGCCCAGACAUUUCAAGUUGAAUUCUCAAAAUGGAUCUGUAUUGACUUACUAUGAUAUUACCAAAGAUAAACUAUUUGUUGCCAAAAGUAUUGGUUUAAUUUGUCAGGUGGCUUAUGUGCAGGCAGCUAAGGUGUUUUUAGAAAACCUUUAUAGGUGUGCACCAAGAAAAUCUACCUCUAUUAAUGGUCUCAGUUUGGAAAGUUAUGUUUUUAAUUUUCUUUAUGAGAUCGAGUUACCAGUUCCAGGAAAAAGUAUCUUAGUUCAUUUACCUCCAUCUGAUCCUCAGUUACCUCCCACAAGUGUGAUUUUACAGAACCCAGCUCCACCAGUGGAAUUGCCCCAUUUAGAUUACUCCUUAAGGUUGAUGUUUAGUUGGUUAGGGGUUGACAUUAUUGUGCAAUUAUUUACCUGCUUGUUGUUGGAAAAUCAGAUUUUAUUGAGGAGUACAGAUCCUCAAAAAUUAAUGGUUGUUGCUGAAGGAAUGACAGCUUUAUUAUUUCCUUUUACAUGGCCCCACGUUUAUGUUCCUAUUUUACCUGCCGAAUUACAUCAUUUUUUAGAUGCUCCUGUGCCAUUUUUGAUGGGCCUAUACGCCUCAUCAGAAAACAUAAAAGUAGCCUCUGAAGCUACUCUAUGCUAUGUAGACAUUGAUAAAUGUAAAGUGCAACUGCCUGAAGAAUUACCAAUAUUUCCCCACUUGGAAACAUUUGUUGUUGAAAUUUGGUCUCUUUUAGACAAAUACGGUGUGCACGUGCCAAAUUCUGAAAAUACUAGAACUAUUUGGGGGGAUACCCCGCCCAGAAGCUGCACUCUGCCAGGCAGGCCUCAAAACCAAAGAAAAUUAUCUAUUCAUAAUACUCUAGACUGUGAUAGGCCUCCAUCGCCUCCAGGAUCGGCCAGAUCCGAAGCUUUGCAAAGAAUAGCGGAUAUUGUCAGAAGGACUGGGGUGGCUUUGGAUAAAAAUGAUUUACAACAGCCCUCUGACUCUUAUGUAGAGGAUAUGAGAUUUAAUAACGCUGUGAGGGAGAUUUUUUUGAAUAGAUUUGUGCACAUAUUUCAGUCAUAUGAGAAUUUUGUUAUAUUUCCAACUAAUCACAAUAAAGAAGAUUGGUUUAAUAAUAGAGAUGAAAUGCAAAAUUUUGACAAAGCUUCUUUUUUGUCAGACCAACCAGAGCACAACCGGCUUUUUCUUUAUAGAUUUUUAGAGUCUCAAAUGUUUGCUACAAUGAUUGAUAACAAAAUUUUAUCUCAAUGGGGUGAGAGAGACGAUAACCUUUUAAUUUUCGAUAAUAGAAUAAAACUACUAAAACAACGUUAUGGAGGUGAAAAUUUACUUAGAUCCAUUGCUUAUGAACCUUGUACAAUUGUCCAUGAAACUCAAAAAUUAUUAGAAAGGCGAUUUCAAAAUCCAGAAUUUGAAUCUCCAAUGCCACGAGAAAUAAUGAAUUCCAAGCAAAUAAUAAGCAGGCAGUUUCCUUUAUUGAAUAAAGAUGUUUUAAAUAAAACGCCUGUCAUGAGUAAAGGCAGUAUUCCAAGGGCAAGAGAGUUGAAAAAGGGCUAUAUUUUCGGUAAACCUCCAUUGCCAAAUAAUGAUAAAAGCACCAAAUCGCAAAAUAAUCAAGAGAAUAUGUCUCCUGCGUUAUUAGCUCAAGCUAAUUGGACGUUUGUGGAGAAAUUAUUAGGGGAUUGUAAAACUAAAACCAAAAGAAUGCUUCUGGCAAAACUAGGAGCAGAAGGAGUAACACUCUCUAGCAACCCUUCGUCAGACAGUAGAUCAGCUGUAGAAGAAAACACAUUAGUAGGAGCUUUGUGUGAUUUUCUAGAGCGCGUCUGGUCUCACGGUUUGCAAAAGAAAAGAGGGAAAUCCGCUUUGUGGACGCAUUUGUUGGCCUACCAGGAAAAAUACCAGGAUCUGAACAAAAAGGACAAUAAUUAUUUGAGUGCAGAUACGUCUCGUCUGACAACAAGUCUAGAAAGCUGGCCUAAUGAUGCAACGAAAACCGAACUACCAGACUUACCAAAUACAAUAUUUUUCGAAAUCAGCAACGUCCAAGCGAUGCCGGACGUAAAAACUGGAAUCGGUUUUGGCAGAGCGUGGGUCCGGUUGGUUUUGGAAAAAAAGCAAUUGUCCAAACAUCUCAGGACUUUAUUAAUGGAUCAAAACCUGUUGAAAGACCUCUACAAAAGAUCUGCCUUUUUACGUUGCGAAGAGGAAAAAGAACAAUUUUUAUAUCAUUUGCUGUCCUUGAAUGCUGUGGAUUAUUUUUGCUUUACCAGCACUUAUCCUACGACUGUUAUACCUUAUCGAAUUGUGGUGGUACCUAAUAAAAAAGGGGCUUACACUUCGGCAAAUGUUUGGGUAGUACUGUCAGGGACUUUAUCUGAAAGUCUCAAAAUUUCAGUACCAAAAAACACUUACAAUUUUGAGUAUAGAAACAGGAAUCUGGGAGUGUUGACCACUUUGAGAAUUGGACACGAUAAUACUGGACUGUACGCUAAGUGGAUGGUUGACUAUAUUUUGGUUAGAAACGAAAUUACUGGACACACAUACAGAUUCACAUGCGGUAGAUGGCUAGGGCGUGGCAUAGACGACGGUUCCACUGAGAGACUACUGGUAGGCACCCUGAUGUCUUUUAAAAAAGAUGAAGAAGACACUGGCAGACCUACAGGAAGUCUAGGCAGGAGCACUCCUAGGUCUAGAUCGCCGGCACCUUCUCCUAGGCCUGAAAUGAAACCGUCUGAAUUACAAUAUAUGUUGGGUGACUGUGUUAAUAACAUUGUCAAAUGGAGAUACACAAGAAGUUCUGAAAGACACACCACCCUGACGGCUCUGCUUUGCAGCGAAGACGGCCUAGUGCAUUGCCUAGAAAAUGUAUUUCUUUUGGGCUUUAAAUCGAGCAGAAUGUUUGUGGGCAAACAUUAUUUGUGGGACUAUUUUGUUCGUGUCAAAGAUCAGUUUGAGCAAAAUCUUCUGGAUGAGCUUUCUGGAACUGAAACAACCAGUUUGGAGAGAAAUCAUCAGGAAACUGUAGCUGUUUGGAGAUGUUAUUGUCAUCUUGUUGAUGAAAUUAGACAUACAAGCAAGAAUUUGGGGAAAGAUGGCAAAUUUCAAAUGUUUAUUUGUCUAGGCGUAAGGGAACAUUUAUUGCAUAGAAUGUUACCUCCAAUGGCCUCUUGCCGCAUUACCCAAGAAAUGUAUGAGGAAAACUCUUUUUUGAGAAAGAGAGGUCUUUUAACAUUUUUAACUCAAAUUCUUGCUCCCUUAGACGAAUUGGAUGUGGUGCUAGAAAACUCAGUUACCCAUGGUAUAACCUCGUCUCACGUUUAGUUGUCCAAUUUCGAUAUUUUAUUUAUUGUGAUGUUGUAGAGUUCAUCUUGUAGGUAUUCUCUCUAGUCUUGAUUGUCAAAAAAACAAAAAAUCUGAUAUUAUUUAGUGAUAGUGAAAACAAAAAUGGAUAUUUUUCUUGAAUUAUGUAUAUUUUGUAAAGAAAUGUAUUGAUUAUUUUAGCUUUGGCAUAUUAUUGUUAAAAAAACAUUCCGGUAAAUUUUUGACUAACCCAAACUAAUGGAAAUUUAAUUUAAAAGUUGCCAAAACUUGCCACUUUACUGCUUUACUAGUACAAAAAUAAUAAGUUUUAAGUUCUGACUCACUGUUAAGUUAUUAUAUAAGAAGAAAAUAAUAUUGGUAUAGUUGUAGAAAAACAAUUAGUUUGUGAUCAGAUGAUGAUAAUAAAGUAAAAUACAUAUCUGAUUGUUGCUUUCAAACAUUUAUUCUAUUGAUAAAACAAAUUAUGUUUUUAUGAGUUGUACUUUAAGUUCCUUAAUUUUGUUUUGUUUCCUAGCUACUUUUGUUCCAUUCUUGUUAAUUGAUAAGACUUUAUAUACAAUUUGUGCUGUUCCAUUUAUAUUUGUACUCAUUUUAGGGAUGAAUAAAUAAAGAUUAAUUGAGUAUUUUAUUGUCAAGAAUUCUGUUUCCUUCAAAACACCUUUAGACGAUAAAAAAUGCCAGAUGAAAACUAUUAAAAAGAACAUACGUUUUAUAAAAAUUUGCGUAUACGCUGCAUAUGUUCAUAUUUGAAACUUCCUCUUGAUUCUCAGUAUUCCGGUACAAACAAACAGUCCUAUUUCGAUUUGGUCGGAUAACUACAUAGUAAAUACAAUUAUUUGGCUGUUUCUUCUUCUUAAUAACAAUUAUCUUAUCAUUUACUAGGAGCUUGUGAAACCUCUGAUAAUCCUAAUUUUUUUCUUGAAAAAUAUCUAUCUAGUCAAGUUUGGAUGAAUUCUUUUGAAUUUAACAAUUUUAACCAAAACAUUU